CGUAGCACAUUCAUCGCCUUCAUCACCAUGUUCACUAAGACCGCCGUCGCUUUCGCCCUUGUGGUCGUCACUCUGGCAGCUCCUUCACAGCCUUCCUACGGAUAUACUCCUCCAGCAACUUAUGACGCUCCUGCUCAAUAUGACUUCAACUACGCCGUAAAGGACGACUACUCCGGCAACGACUUCGGUCAUCAAGAAACCCGUAACGGUUAUGACACUCAGGGUUCCUACUACGCUCUUCUUCCCGACGGCCGUCUUCAGAAGGUCGCCUACACUGUCAACGGCGACUCCGGCUACGUGGCUGAGGUCAGCUACGAGGGUGAGGCCCACUACCCUGAGUAUCACCCGGCUCCUGCCUACAAGCCUGCCCCUGUCUAUGAACCUGCUCCUGCCUACAAGCCUGCCCCUGUCUACGAACCUGCUCCUGCCUACAAGCCUGUUCCUACCUACGAACCUGCCCCUACCUAUGUUAUGCAUCCACGGGAAAACUCGACACUCUCACAUGGGACUACACCAGAAACACCUUUAGCUACAAGGAAGCUUGUACUGGAUAUGUCACCAGGGGUUCCUACUGCGUCCAACUUCACAACGAUCAUCUGGGAUUUCGACUGCUUGCCUAAGGAUGAAGUCCAGUUCGCCGUGUACAAGCCAGCAACUGUCAACGGCAUGUUCACAUUCAUCACCUUCAUCACCAUGUUCACUAAGAUCGCCGUCGCUUUCGCCCUUGUGGUCGUCACUCUGGCAGCUCCUUCACAGCCUUCCUACGGAUAUACUCCAGCAACUUAUGACGCUUCUGCUCAAUAUGACUUCAACUACGCUGUAAAGGAUGACUACUCCGGCAACGACUUCGGUCAUCAAGAAACCCGUAACGGUUAUGACACUCAGGGUUCCUACUACGUUCUUCUUCCCGACGGCCGUCUGCAGAAGGUCGCCUACACUGUCAACGGCGACUCCGGCUACGUGGCUGAGGUCAGCUACGAGGGUGAGGCCCACUACCCUGAGUACCACCCGGCUCCUGCCUACAAGCCUGCCCCUGUCUACGAACCUGCUCCUGCCUACAAGCCUGCCCCUGUCUACGAACCUGCUCCUGCCUACAAGCCUGCCCCUGUCUACGAACCUGCUCCUGCCUACAAGCCUGCCCCUGUCUACGAACCUGCUCCUACCUACAAGCCUGCCCCUGUCUACGAACCUGCUCCCACCUACAAACCUGUUCCUACCUACGAACCUGCCCCUACCUAUGCCUACAACUUUUACCAUGAACAUCAAACGUUAGGGGAAUCUUUGGAUACAGACAUGCUACAGACAUACGGGGUUAACAUGGUGAAGUGCACGACAGUAACAAAACAACUAUACCUUAAUGUAGUGAAAUUUAACAACGUCCUAAAAUCUAUUGAUUAUAUGUAUUGUGUACCUACACUAAACCACAGUGAAGAAUUCCUUUAUAAAAAUGACAGUAUGCAUCACACUUCGUCUUUCUUCAUCAUGUUCACAAAGGCUGUCGUUGCCCUCGCCCUCGUGGCCGUUGCUGCCUCUGCUCCUUCUCAACCAGCUUACGGCUACGCUCCUCAGCCUACCUACGAGGCUCCUGCCAAAUACGACUUCAACUAUGCCGUGAAGGACGACUACUCUGGCAACGACUUUGGUCACCAGGAGGCCCGUGAUGGCUACGACACUCAGGGUUCCUACUACGUCCUCCUUCCCGACGGUCGUCUGCAGAAGGUCGCCUACACUGUUAACGGCGACUCCGGUUACGUGGCUGAAGUCAGCUACGAGGGUGAGGCUCAGUAUCCCGAAUACAAGCCUGCUCCUGCCUACAAGCCUGCCCCUGCCUACAAGCCAGCUCCAUCUUACCAGCCCGCACCUGCCUACAAGCCAGCUCCUUACCAGCCCGCACCUACCUAUGAGCCUGCUCCUACCUAUGAGACCACUCCAGCCUACGCCUAAAUGAACUUUGACUAGAUGAACAUUUAUGAAUAUUUAUUAAACU